CGCCAGCCCGCACGGCCCCGCAGCCUUCCGGGAGGAAGCGGCGCAGGCAGCGGCCGGGGCGCGCGCUCGGGCUCCCUCACCUGCCGGCGUCCGGCGGCUCCCCCGGAGGGACAGAGGGACGCGCGCAGGCCGGGCGCGGAGGAGGAGAGAAGACCGGCCGCUCGCGCCGCAGCCCAGCCGCCCCGGAGCGCCUCGGAACCCGCGCGGGGCGCCGGCUCCAUGGCGACCGGGCUCGGGGAGCCGGUCUACGGACUUUCGGAAGACGAGGGAGAGUCACGUAUUCUCAGAGUGAAGGUGGUUUCUGGAAUUGAUCUCGCCAAAAAGGACAUCUUUGGAGCCAGUGAUCCAUAUGUGAAACUUUCAUUGUACGUAGCGGAUGAGAAUAGAGAACUUGCUUUGGUACAGACAAAAACAAUAAAAAAGACGCUGAACCCGAAGUGGAAUGAAGAAUUUUAUUUUAGAGUAAACCCGUCUAAUCACAGACUCCUGUUUGAAGUAUUUGAUGAAAACAGAUUGACACGGGACGACUUCCUGGGACAGGUGGACAUACCUCUCAGUCAUCUCCCGACAGAAGAUCCGACCAUGGAGCGACCCUAUACGUUUAAGGAUUUUCUCCUUAGACCAAGAAGUCAUAAAUCUCGAGUUAAGGGAUUUUUACGAUUGAAAAUGGCCUAUAUGCCGAAAAACGGAGGUCAGGAUGAGGAAAACAGUGAGCAGAGGGAUGACAUGGAGCAUGGCUGGGAGGUGGUGGACUCCAAUGACUCGGCCUCUCAGCACCAGGAGGAGCUCCCUCCCCCGCCACUGCCCCCCGGCUGGGAAGAGAAGGUGGACAAUCUCGGUCGGACGUACUACGUCAACCACAACAACCGGACCACUCAGUGGCACCGACCAAGCCUGAUGGACGUGUCCUCCGAGUCGGACAGCAACAUCAGGCAGAUCAACCAGGAGGCCGCGCACCGGCGCUUCCGUUCCCGCAGGCACAUCAGCGAGGACCUGGAGCCGGAGCCCGGCGAGGGUGGAGACGGCCCAGAGCCUUGGGAGACCAUUUCCGAGGAAGUGAACAUCACUGGAGACUCCCUCAGUCUGUCACUGCCCCCACCGCCGUCCUCUCCAGGGUCUCGGACCAGCCCUCAGGAGCUGUCUGAGGAACUGAGCAGAAGGCUUCAGAUCACUCCAGACUCCAAUGGGGAGCAGUUUGGUUCUUUGAUUCAGAGAGAGCCGUCCUCAAGGUUGCGGUCCUGCAGUGUCACGGACGCGGUCGCCGAGCAGGCUCAUCUACCACCGCCCAGCGCCCCAACUAGGAGAGCGCGGUCAUCAACUGUCACAGGUGGUGAGGAGCCAACGCCAUCAGUGGCCUAUGCGCACACCACACCGGGCCUACCUUCAGGCUGGGAAGAAAGAAAAGAUGCUAAGGGACGCACAUACUAUGUCAAUCAUAACAAUCGAACCACAACUUGGACUCGACCUAUCGUGCAGCUCGCCGAAGACGGUGCGUCCGGAUCCGCCACAAACAGUAACAACCACCUAAUCGAGCCUCAGAUCCGCCGGCCCCGUAGCCUCAGCUCGCCGACCGUAACCUUAUCCGCCCCGCUGGAGGGCGCCAAGGACUCGCCCAUACGCCGGGCUGUGAAAGAUACCCUUUCCAACCCACAGUCCCCACAGCCAUCACCCUACAACUCCCCCAAACCACAACACAAAGUCACACAGAGCUUCCUGCCGCCCGGCUGGGAAAUGAGGAUCGCGCCCAACGGCCGGCCCUUCUUCAUUGACCACAACACAAAGACUACAACGUGGGAAGAUCCACGCCUGAAAUUUCCAGUACACAUGCGGUCAAAGGCAUCUUUAAACCCCAAUGACCUCGGCCCUCUUCCUCCUGGUUGGGAAGAAAGAAUUCACUUGGAUGGCCGAACAUUUUAUAUCGACCACAAUAGCAAAAUUACUCAGUGGGAAGACCCAAGACUGCAGAAUCCAGCGAUUACGGGUCCGGCUGUUCCUUACUCCAGAGAAUUUAAGCAGAAAUAUGACUACUUUAGGAAGAAAUUAAAGAAACCUGCUGAUAUUCCAAAUAGGUUUGAAAUGAAACUUCACAGAAAUAACAUCUUUGAAGAGUCCUACCGGAGAAUUAUGUCCGUGAAAAGACCAGAUGUUCUGAAAGCUAGACUGUGGAUCGAAUUUGAAUCAGAGAAAGGUCUUGACUAUGGGGGUGUGGCCCGAGAGUGGUUCUUCCUACUGUCCAAAGAGAUGUUCAACCCCUACUAUGGGCUUUUUGAGUACUCUGCCACGGACAACUACACGCUUCAGAUCAAUCCCAACUCUGGCCUCUGUAACGAAGACCAUUUGUCCUACUUCACUUUUAUCGGAAGAGUUGCUGGUCUGGCGGUAUUCCAUGGGAAACUUCUAGAUGGUUUCUUCAUUAGACCAUUUUACAAAAUGAUGUUGGGCAAGCAGAUAACGCUGAAUGACAUGGAGUCUGUGGAUAGUGAAUACUACAACUCUUUGAAAUGGAUCUUGGAAAAUGAUCCUACUGAACUGGACCUCAUGUUCUGUAUUGAUGAAGAGAACUUCGGACAGACCUACCAAGUGGAUCUGAAGCCCAACGGGUCAGAAAUAAUGGUGACAAAUGAAAACAAGAGGGAAUAUAUUGACUUGGUCAUCCAGUGGAGGUUUGUGAACAGGGUCCAGAAGCAGAUGAACGCCUUCCUGGAGGGGUUCACAGAACUGCUUCCUAUUGAUUUGAUUAAAAUUUUUGAUGAAAAUGAGCUGGAGCUGCUGAUGUGCGGCCUCGGCGACGUGGACGUCAACGACUGGAGACAGCACUCGAUCUACAAGAACGGCUACUGCCCAAAUCACCCUGUCAUUCAGUGGUUCUGGAAGGCCGUGCUGCUCAUGGACGCCGAGAAGCGGAUCCGGUUACUGCAGUUCGUCACGGGGACGUCCCGAGUGCCUAUGAACGGCUUCGCCGAACUUUAUGGUUCCAAUGGUCCUCAGCUGUUUACAAUAGAGCAAUGGGGGAGUCCUGAAAAACUGCCCAGAGCUCACACAUGCUUUAAUCGCCUUGACUUACCUCCAUAUGAAACCUUUGAAGAUUUACGGGAGAAGCUUCUCAUGGCUGUGGAAAACGCUCAAGGAUUUGAGGGGGUGGAUUAAGCGCCCCCCACUCGCUCCCCAGCCUCGGGGUGGCUGUUGGUCCAGCAAGUCCUGCUUGCACUUUUGCAUUUGCCUAACAACAGACUUUGCAGAGACCAGGCAGAAAGAGCAGCUGCGGGCAUGGCUCCUGAGCCGAGCCUUCGCGAGCCUUCGCCUGUGACUUGCCCAGGUUCGGACGUGGGAGCCCGGUCCCAGGUCACGUUCCUGCAUUUUCCACCACCAAUUAUCAACUGGUUGAUGUGUACACUAAUUACAUUUCAGGAGGACUUAAUUCUAUUUAUGUUGUGCCUCUGUAGGCAAAGCCCUUAAUAAAUAUUUUACAUACUUUAUAAUGACAAUGAAUGGAAUUAAUCACUCUACAGGUAUAGUAUUACAACUCAUGUUUACUUUUUAAAAUGAUUUAGACCGAUUUUCAGAUUUUAUUUCAUUACAAUUAAAGAUGUCUCGUGUACUUGGAAAAGUGAGCAUAUUUUUUUUGUAUUUGAAUUUCAUACCAGGUUUAAUGUCAGUGACAUUUUUUAUUUUUGAAGUUUAAGUUCCCUCCCCACUCCUUACUUGAUUAGAAUUGGAAGACUGAUUUUUGUCCAAAUAUCUUCUACAGACAAGUACUUUGAGAGCAUUUAAACUACAACAUUAGGCAUAAUGGUAAUUUGCUCCAUACUCAGAAUGCAAACAAACUGGAUAUUACUUUUUUUUUUUGUACAAAUUUAGCAUACUAGCUGCAGGCUGAGAGAAUUGUAACAUAGCAUGGUAAAUUCAGUGUUGACUUCGAAGGAAUCAUACCAUUAUUCCUUAGAAGUAAUUACGUGUGCCAGAACACAUCUGGGGACAGGGUUGGACUGUCCUUUCUCAGAAGAGACCUUAGCUACCGCUCUCUGACGCUGUAUAGUCCUUCCCUUCUCACCUUUUCUUCUUUGCUGUUUGUAGUAGAGACAUUUGAAUGAACCUUGGCACCGAUUGAUUUGAAACUGCGGAAACCAGAGAUGUGUUUCAUGUCCUACUUGUAUGCGUUGGCUAAUGGUCGCGAAAUAACCAAUUUUUGUUCUAACUGCACCAAUUCUGAAGGCACUUUAUGGACCACAUGGAGGUCCUAUCUGGUUUUGUUGAUGUUUUCUUUUUUACCAUAGACGGUCAUUGUGAUGAUGCUCUCUUCUCCCUGCACACAUCUUUCCGGUGCAGUGUGUAUCCGUUGUGACUCUUGCUGCUGGUGUAUAAAACCUAGCUGGAAAGCUGAGCCUACAGACCCGUCCUCACCCGCUGUUCCGCGAUUUCUCUGCAACUACCAAGAUUCACUGAAUGCACACUUCAUCUGACCGGGUUUUGUCCCCUGGGACGUGUUGCAUGCUUCGACACUAUGUACUGCCUGAGUGGUGUUCGUUCUGUGCUGGACUAAAAAGUGAGUGGGAACUUGGAUGUGAGCCCCACGGUUGGUCGGCCGAUCGGGUGGUGGGGAUGGAGGGUUCCGCGCACUUGGAUUCUUUGCCGCUUUGAGUGUUCAUUGCAGAAUUCUGUUGUGUCUAGAGAAAGCCUGCGGAGCCGCAUAGGGGUUCAGCAGCCCUGCCGCCCUUUUAACCUGUGUUAUCCUAAACCCUGUCGUGACAGGGGGCUCUAGAGAUGUGAUUUCUUGCCAGUCAUCAAUAAGACAAAAUUGAGGUUUCGGGGCCUCCCUCUUUGUUAUGUAAGGACCUUUUGGUGUAAGAAAUUCAUUGUUACCCAGCUCUGGGUGGCUGGUGGAAAAAAACCGUGAAUGUUCAUGAUUGUAAGUGAGUUGUCUUCAGAGGUGCAGACAUCAGGGUGGGGGUCUGAGAGAAGGUGGAUUUCUACGGAGCUGAGGAUUAGUUCCCUUUUCUAUUGACUUAAAAAUCUCCAGUAGUGAUCAGAGAACUUAGAUGUUGAAUGAUUGGAAAAAAAUACAACACUUAUUUUUUUUUCUGUCUGUGGGAUUUUUUUUUUUCCCUGCAGUCAAUAUAUAACAUGUCUCUUGGCAAAAACCCGCUUCAUGUAGCCCCUUCCUGGUCCAGAGGGCUUUCUUUCUAGAACUCGCACCAAAGCCCAUGUUCGGAUGGAUUCUGAGAGUGGUCGUUUCAUCACAGAGAAAGCCUGCGGUGUUAGCUGAAGAACUAAGUUUCUGUCAUUUUGCAAACUGAAUAUUCAAAAAAUCAGAGUAUUCCAUGUAAAUGCAAAUUAGGCAGUGUUAAAAAAUAGGAAUGAGAAAUCCAUCCUAAGAUCAUUUCCGUGCCAGGAGCAGAUAGGGAUUGUCGAACUAUACACCCCUGUGAAUACUUGAAAGACCAUAAUUGUGGGGACCGUUCGGUUUAUCUGCCACUAAAUGUGGGAUUCAGUGACGGUCAGAUAGCAAAUGGGUUCGAGGUUUGUUCCUAUUUGGCUUUUGAUCCACGUCAGAUCCCCUCAUCUCAGCAAUUCUCAGUGUUUCGGUCUUUGUCUAAAAUAGUCCUAGAUCUUGUUUUCUCUAAGUGCUGACAACCACUCGCCAGUGUCUUCCCGACAGAGUCCUGGUGGUGGUUGACAGCAGAAUGCCGGUGGGUCCCGUGAGCAGGCGCCCCCGGGGACAGGGUCCAGGACAGGCUGCUGGUCCUGGUUACCCUCCUCUCUGGCGCUUCGGAGUCCAGGGGCUCUGCACCUUCUGUUCCCUUAGAAAUUAACCCAGAUCAGGCUGGAUCUGGCUAUUUUUUAGUUGCCUGAAGAAGGUGCAGUUCUUAUGGGUCAUUUUGCCCCGAGGUUAAGAAGCUAGUUCCAGAAUUAACAGCUGCACUGUGGACAUGAGCUGUCACGCCCGCCUGUAGGUCCUGAGCGUUUCUGUCCCUGUCCCUUGUGGGCCUGCAGUUGGAUUUGGAAUGUCUGGAUUAGCUUCAGAAGGCGCGCUGCUGCUUUUGUGCCGGCUGCCUCUGCAACAGGAAACCAGGAGGCAUUUAUCUGUUUUAAAGUUAUAUUCAGCUCUGAAACUGUUCCUGUUCCGUACUUCUCUGUAGCCAGGCCUGUACCAAAUCACAAGAAUGUAAGAUGAUGCUUUGAUUUUUGUUACGAGGCCCUCUGGUCGACCAUCGGGUUUUUCCUGUGGUCAGAUGUCAGAUGCUCUAAAGUGACUGAAGUGGGUUCUUUCUCCCACAUACGGGUGCAGUGAAAGAUUCUGAGAAGUGGUUGGCCGAAUAUUUCAACCACAUUCCACAUCUCACAGCAUUAAAUAGACAAGUACCGUGGCUGUUCGAUCCUGCCAGAUCUAGACUGGCUCUCUUGAAAGCCAAGUGCACACGCAGCAAAUUACUAGUUGUUCUAACAGUUAACUCCUUGUUUAACGCUUGGCUGUAGCAUUUUCCUAAGUCUCGUAUUUUACCUCUGAACUUGAAUGUGGAGAGCGUGGGUUAAUCUGUUCUCAAGCCCCCUCCCUGCUGUGCUAGCCAUCUUCUUUAUUUUCCUCUUUCCUCUGCACCCCUUAUUGACAGGGAGAGACGGACACUUACGUCUGGUAUCAUUUCCUGCCUUGUCCGGUAGGGGGUGCUGCUGCGCAGGGUGACUGCCUGGUGUGCUCCCUUCCUGGCCCCCAGGCACUACCUCUUGUCUCCUUCGGGCUUUGGGGUACAUCCUGAGAAGUCACGUCAAAACUGCCAAUUUCAGGUCUGAGAUGCGUUUUUAAAAAUCCUUACAGACUCCACUUUGUACUUUAGAUUUUAAAACUGGGAAGACAAUGGGAUACACUUUGGACCACUUUCUAAUUUAUCUAAGCCUUAAUGAACAGCGUAUGUACACUUGCAUAUGCACACGCCCGCCCCAGUGUGUGUUCAGUGUCAGAAACAAUGCUGUAGCAUCAGGACGUGAGCUGGUGUUGUGUUUUAUUUCAGAAAACGAUAGCUUUCUGUCUAUAUGAAAUUUACCAAGAAAACUUCUCAUUAGGCGUCUGUCCUUGGUGAAAGGUGUUGUGCGCGUAGCAACACGUGUUUAAAAUGCAUGUCUCCUUGUUCGUUGGGCUGGUAUUUCUCAGGAGCAUCAGUAGGAGUCUUAACAGUGUCGGCUGCAGACCUCUGUGUCCUGCAUCUCAGCCUUGUGUCAGAGCAUCGAAAGCCUUUCUAAUGACCAUGACCCUGUGUCCGCAGACACCUGUGUUCCUGUAUAAGCCAGUUCACCCUUUCAUUCAGACGGAUUUCAUCAAAAUUGUCAUGGUUUCCUUCAUGUUAACUUUGCGUGACUUUGUUUUUCCUUUACUACUACUUACGUGAGAUGUAUAUAUAUACAUACGUAUGUAUGCUGUCCAAAUAUAUCUGUAUAUAUUUGUAUAGCAUUUUUACACCUUUCUCGAGUAAUCUGGUUUCGAAAGGGAGUGAGAGAGCUUAGUCCUUCUACAGUUUCCUCCAAGCUAUGUCCUGAGAUGUCUGACCCUCGGAGCCUGAGAAGGACCCCAGGAAAAUGAUGCUAACAUGCUGUCAUUCCGUAAUUCGGGAUCCUUUACCAAAUGAAACAUUAAAAACAAAAACAAAAAAAAAAAAGCGACUUUAAGGUGAAAAGAGUUUCAAGCAUUCCAAAUGAAUUCUCAGUGUUUCAUAACUUUUUAUUAUAAACCCCACUUCCUAAUAAUACAAAGCCAAGUACUAUUUGAUACAGUGAUUACAAACCAAACUAUGAAAUUUUUUUAAAGACAACUUCUGGAUAACGCUCCUUUUCACAAUCAGAAUGGCUUUAAAAUACAGUUGAAUUUGAUACACACAAGAACAGUUUUGUUUAAGAACAAAUCUUUUUUUGCUCUUCAUUUUUCUUGAGAGAUCUAAAGAGAAAUUGUAGAUUGUUUUCCUGACAGCAAAAGAGUAAUGUGACAAAAUGAAGUCGUUGUAAAGAAGUGAUACAACUUGUCAAAUAUUUAAUAAAGAAUUAUGGAAGCUGGAA